CCUUAUUGUCCCCUUUGUUCUGCCGAUACUUGCUGAUAUGAGCCCGCCAUGACUUUUCUGACCCGGGGGGAGGGACGGUGAAGAAACCUGACGAUGGAAAAGGAAGAAGAGGACCGAAGAAGAGAAGCAGCAAUCGCAUCGACACCAUGUCUACAGCCCAAUUUCAUAUCCAGAGGACUCACUUCUGAACAGCUUUCUAAGUUCCAAGAACUGCACAAGAGGCGCUUACAAAUAAAGUCAAAGUCGAAGAUUCAAACAAAAGGCAAAGAUGGUACCAAAACAUCCAAAGGCAAUAGCUUCAGCAUCCAACACUUUGAAGUUUCAAAUGUUGAUAGCAAAGAACCAAGUCUUUUGAAUUAUGAAGGCUUUGAUAGCAAAAAGAAAUCCUCCUUAGAGCAGGAUAAUGUAUCUAUGGAUUGCUUAUCAAAGAAGCGACAGAAAUUGCAUUGGGGGCUUGACACCAAGGAGAGGUGGGAAAGGAAAUCCAACAUGUAGAUAUAUCACCACCUGAACUGGACUGAGAAAUCCAUGAACCGUCAUCAAUUUGUUCUGAAUAUGGCUGUUGGAGUUUUGAUGGAAGACAGAGAGCUUCUAAAAGUGAUGUUGUUGCAUAUGCAAUGCAUAUAGGGGAAACGCCAACAGCUGUCCAUGUUCUUCGACUUAAUUUGUACUAUCGUACUUGUGACCUGUGACUUGUGAGUAGCUAUUUUUGGCUUUUUUGGUAAUUAUAAUGUGUACAAGGUGGAAGAUUUUGAGUUAGACAGGUAAGAAAUGAUUGAUAUUAUCAUGGAAAGAAAGCUAGAUGUCAUACGACAUUCAGGAA